CGUCUUAUGUUUUAUCACACGUGUGUACAUAAACGGAUACAGUAGUUGACGGCUGCCGUUUAACGAUAACAAACGUACUUGUUAGGAAACUAAAUUCGCGAUUUCAUUACUUUGAUAACAGCAGUGCUAAAUUGUAUUUACUCCGCGCUGUGAUAUUCUGAUUUCGAAAUUUGAAUUUAAAAUAAUAUUUUAGAGAUUUUUUUUAAUUUUAUUGCGUUCGGGAAAUGUUUAGUGUAUGGAGUGGUGAAUGAUCGAUUUACAACUGAAAUGAACAAAGAAAUAAGGAGCGUUCUGUGCGUUUUCAAUUCCAAGGUGUUCUGGACAUAAAUUACUGUGAAUGUUAGUAAAAUAUAGUGUACUAUUUAAAGGAUCGAAAUACAUUGUGCUCGGAGAAUUUUGGCUAGAUUCUUUUGUUGGCAACUACACCAGUUUUCUGACUCUACAAUUGGAUGACACCGCGAUACAAUGUGUACGUUCUUGUUGUCCGGAAGCGGCGCCCGCCGUCGCUAGCAGAGCAGCAUGCGCUCCCUGCUGGCGUACUACGCUGACGCGGUCAUGUCUGCGGCGGCGCGCGGCGCCGGUUGUGCGCGCGAGUGCAGCGGCCACGGCGACUGCAUGAACGGCACGUGCCUCUGCGAGAUACGGUACACGGGCGACGAGUGCGCGGGCCACAACAUGCCGUACCAUGCCUGCAUAGGCGGGCUCUUCCUACUGGUGGCGUUCAUAUGCGCGAUGCAGUUGACGAUAUGCAUCGUGUCGGAGUACCGCAGGCUGAAGGCGCCGACCUUCCUCCGCGCCUGCAAGGUCACGACGCAGAAGAUGCUGUACCUCAUCGCGUUCCUGGCCUCCCUCAUCCGCGGCGCGUAUUUCGUGUCACCGAACGCAUUCCACGAGGGUUGGGCGACGAGCCUCCUUUCAGCAUACUACCCGCUUAUGAUGUCCGGGUCCUCGCUCAUCGUGUGCUUCUGGGCUGAGGUGUUCCACCUCCGUGACAUACGCUGGGAGAGGCAGAGGUUCCUCUCAAAGUCUUUCGUCGCGUUCGUCGUCUUCAACGGCUUCAGCUACUCGCUGCUAGCAGCGGAGGUGCUGACAACCAAUGUUGCUGAUACAUCUCCAAAGCAAAAGAACUUCUACCAGCACAUCUUUAAUGGCUGCUACGCGGUGCUGUUCUUCAUAGUGGUUGUCUUCUUCCUCAUAUACGGGGUCGAAGUGUAUUUCAAGCUUCGCGGAGAAUUCCUCAAGGAGACAAAAGUGUUGACGAUAAUAUCACCGCGGCCCGGCCCCUCCACCGCUGCGGAGGGCGAUGACGUUCAAGACACCCUCGUCACGAAGCAGGGCGUCCAAACAGAUUUGGCCGACUCUGAUGGCAGCGUGGACCCGAGAUCAGUGAACCAUUCCCAGCUGCACCAGUCACGCCUAGGCCUGGUCAGUCAGGCGUUGAUGCUGAUACUCAUCGUGGGCUUCCUAGCUUCCGAGACCCUCAGCGAGUUCUGGAAAGCCAAAGUGCCAGUGGGAUCGCGCAACUGGCACGACCUGGUGUUCCGUAUCGUGGAGAUCGGCGUCGCGCUAUGGUUCCCCUGCGUGCUGUGGAACUGCAUGGCGCCCGAGCGGCUCUGGUUGCUCAACCCGCGACGGUUGCUCGCGCGGCAACUCGACGAUGCGCGCCUGGCGGACCUGGUCUCGCCGCACCGCCCUGCCAACGAUGCCAAGAAUGUGGAGACGGACUCGCUCGUGGGGAGCGUGGGCUCGAGUCGAGACUGCUGGAUCUGCUACGACAGCGCGCGGCCGGAGCCGCUUAUCACGCCGUGCCGGUGCACUGGGGAUGUGGCCGCCGUGCAUCAUGACUGCUUGAGGAGGUGGCUCGUGGAGAGUUCCAGAAAUACCGACGGCCUAAAAUGCAAGGUCUGCAACACCCCUUACAUCGUACAAGAGACAAACAAGGUGGAGUGGGAGCGCGGCUUCACGUGCGCGCACUGGGUGCGCACGGCGCUGGGCGUGGCGUGCGUGUGCGGCGCGGCGGGUGCGGGCUGGGCGCUCGUGCAGUUGUACCCCGCGCCCGUGCCACGCCUUCUGGCCGCCGGAGCCGCGCUCAUCAUCUGCUACAUCGCGCUUCAAUUCCUGGCAAAGGAUACAGCAAUGGCUCUGCAACGUGCCAAGGUAUUGUCGCUACGGAUCCUCACGGAGCCGAACGAGGUGUCAGCAGCUGACGAGACCCAGUUAGCGACCAUCAGCAAAACCGUCACUGUGGAAAUCGCUUCCAAGACCGUCCUCGAUCAAGCAUUGAAGGGAGACGUCGAGUAA